AUGGAGAUAAAACCUCCAGUUUUUGUGAACGCCGUUCCCCCGUAUGGGCAUGUUAUUGCCAACGAGAAGUGGCGAGGCUCUGUCCUCGUGCAAAGUUUGAAAGGUACAGUAGCGAAGUCGCUUACCAAAGUUACCGGAUACAGUAGCUAAGGCAACUAUUAUAUUAACUAACCUGUGGCUAAGUGUUGGCUAGCCAACGUUAGAUAGUUAACAUUGUAAACAAAAAAACAACUUAGCGUGUAGUUAGCCAGCUAACGUUAGUUAGUUCAGCCCAUGAAGCCCAACUUCAGUCAGUCUGUCUUUACUUUAUUAGUUACACGUCAGUGAAAUUACGUUACAUUACAACUGAAAUACAUUUACAUUUUACAGACAAGUUAAGACAAACAAUCGAUACACCACUAGCUAACGUUACCAGUAGGAACAAACAAUCGGUACUACCGGCAGGCACCCCAUUGUUAACGCACAAUGUCCCUCCAUGUCUGUUUAACAGAAGACAUGAUUAUUAGCUAGUAAAUACUGAGUGAUUAAAUAAAGUAUCUUCUCGUUUGUUACAUUCUGAACAUGGUGUCGUUGAAUUCCUGACUUUCAGGAACUGGAAGUGUGAAAACAAUAUAUGAAGAAGAACUUGGCGUGGUGGACUUUCAUCUAUCUAACAAGAGCUGUAUCUUGUAUGUCUCUGAAACUGACAUUGUGGCUGGAAACAACUACAAAAGAAAACUUGUGCGGUUUAGAAAUGUAAGUCUACCUUUAGGUGUUUUGCACUACACUACUACUACACACUUGAUUAUGCUGAUACAUCCUAAAGCAUAAUCCAGUUCACAUAGCCACUGUUGAUUGUAAAGCUGAACUAUUGAUAUAUAAUAUUUUUAUGUACAUGCUACAUCUUCAAUUUUUCCUUGGUGAUGUUCUAAUCAUUUCUCCCUCUCUGUUACAGGCCAACAGCAGCCUCCAGGGCAUAGUGGUGGUGGAGAAGACCCGGCUCAGCGAACAGUACUUUUCUGCCAUGCAGAAGUUUGUGGUGUUUGAGCUUGGCCUGACACUGCUACCUGUUGCCAGCCAGCUAGAAGCCUCCCAGCUACUCACACAGAUAGUAAGUCAUACUUUCACACAAGAGAAAACGACUGAAGAGUUUUGUUUAGCAUUGUCACUUCACAAAUAUUUUCCUGGUUACAUAAAUAUGUGUUAAACUAAAACUGGCAUACAGCCAUUUAGAACUCAAUAAAUGAAAUUGUAUUUGUCACAUGGGGCGAAUACAACAGGUGUAGACUUAACAAUGAAAUGCUUGCUUACGAGCCAUUCCCAAGGAUGCAGAGUUAAAAAAUAAUUUAAAAAAUAGUCUAACCAUGCAUGAUGAUGAUGAUGAUGAUUGACUGAUGAGUUGUGUCCUCUGCAGGUGCACGGAGAAAGUAAAGACAACCCGUUCCGCAGGAGGAGUGUGUCUCGGCUGCUAGACCCCCUGGUCAUGUCCCUGGUUCAGCAAAUCCCUGGGGUAGGGAAGGUCAAAGCCAUGGCCCUGCUCCAGCACUACUCAAGUAUCCACCAGCUGUGCAACGCAGGAACGCAUGAACUGGAACACAUCGUUGGCCAGGCCACGGCUCAUCACAUACACCACUUCUUCCACAACCCAUUGGUCUGA